UCACAGGCCAGGAGGCGGAGGCGGUGCGAGCGCGUGGCCAAUCACAGACGAGUGUGUUGCAGAGUGAUGCAAUGCCCGCCGUGAUUGACAGUUCAUCCGACCAAUAGAAGAAGACCGUUGGUUUUGUUUAUGUAACUUUUGAUUUGGUGAAACGAGUUCAUACAAAAGUGACGUCAUCUACAAAUGAUGACAUUUCAAAAACUCAAUUAGAGAUAAGACCUGUCACUCAAUUAACUGUCACUCACUCACUUACCUGUCACUCGAUCCCUCACUCACAUGUUAUUACAUUACAUGUCAUUUAGCAGACACUUUUAUCCAAAGCGACUUACAAGGGAAUUGAGUACAACCUGUCAGGGGUGGAGUUGAACUUGCGACCAUGAAGUCUUUUGCACACAGGGUACCGGUCUUAACCACUGAGAUAACCCACCCACAUGUCACUCAAUCACUCACUUACCUGUCACUCAAUCAAUCACUCACUUACCUUUCACUUAAUAACUUACCUGUCACUCACUCACUUACCUGUCACUCAAUCAAUCACUCACUUACCUUUCACUUAAUAACUUACCUGUCACUCACUCACUUACCUGUCACUCAAUCAAUCACUCACUUACCUGUCACUUAAUAACUUGCCUGUCACUCACUCACUUACCUGUCACUCAAUCAAUCACUCACUUACCUUUCACUUAAUAACUUACCUGUCACUCACUCACUUACCUGUCACUCAAUCAAUCACUCACUUACCUUUCACUUAAUAACUUACCUGUCACUCACUCACUUACCUGUCACUCAAUCAAUCAAUCACCCACUUACCUGUCAACAAGUUAUAACAUGUUAAAAUAUGAUUUAAUAUGUUAUAAUGAGUUUGGUCAGAAUGUAAACACAGUUGUCAAAGGCUGUAAUUAUCACAUUAUUCUGAUUUACACUUAAAUCCCAUGUGUGUGAGUGAGUGUAUGUGAGUGUGUGUGUGUGUGUGUGUGAGAGAGUGAGUGAGUGAGUGUGCGCGCGACCGCCCACUCCCUGCUCCACUAUAUAACCGCACUUUGACAGCUCACAGUUUUACUGAGCAGCAGGAACCACGGCUCUCUCUCUCACCCUGUCACCGGGACUCCCCCUCUCUCUCUCUCUCUCUCUCUUUCUCUCUCUGAGUGUGUGUCUCUCACUCAGUCUCUCACCCUGGAUUCCCGCAGCUCGUCGCCAUGUCUGCCCGGUUUUAGAUUCUCCAUGGAGCUGUCGAACCUGUAUGAGGUCGCGCCCCGACCCCCGCUGAGCAGCCUGCCCCACAGCCAUCAGCCGUCCUCCGGUUACAGAGAUCCGGCUGACCCUGGCGGGGACAUCGGAGACAACGAGACGUCCAUUGACCUGAGCGCCUACAUCGAUCCCGCUUCCUUCAAUGACGACUUUUUGGCGGACCUGUUCCACCACAGCUCCCGCCAGGACAAGCUGAAACUCAUGAGCGGGGACUUUGACCCGGUUCCGUGCAGCGGCCCAGGUUCACAGCAGCAGCAGCAUCAGCAGCAGCAUCAGCAGCAGCAGCACCAGCAGCACCAGCACCACCAGCAUCAGCAUCAGGUCUACAUGUCUGGCUACUUAGAGUCCAAGCUGGAGCCGCUAUACGAGCACAGUCCGCCGCGUCUCCGCCCUGUGGCCAUCAAACAGGAGCCGCGGGACGACGAGGAACUGAGCGCGGGCGUGCCGCCCUCCUACCCGCACCACCCGCAGCACUUCUCCCCGCAGUCGCAGCUGCCCCACCUCCAGUACCAGAUUGCGCACUGCGCGCAGACCACCAUGCACCUCCACCCAGGACACCCGACUCCUCCGCCAACCCCGGUGCCAAGCCCGCACCAGCACCCGCACCCGCACCAGAGUGGCCUGAAGCUGUUGGAGCAACGGGGUGGCGGGAAACCAAGGAAACACGUUGACAAGAGUAGCCCGGAGUACCGACUGAGGCGCGAGCGCAACAACGUGGCCGUGCGCAAGAGCAGAGACAAGGCGAAAAUGCGCAACAUGGAGACGCAGCAGAAAGUGGUGGAGCUGAGCUCAGACAACGAGAGACUGAGGCGGAGGGUGGAGCACCUGAGCCGUGAACUGGACACGCUGCGUGGAAUCUUCAGACAGAUGCCCGACGGAUCCUUCAAACCCAGCUGAGGGACUCGGAUCCGAACUGGACCCGGGCUGGUAACUGGUUAACUCCUGGAAUACUGGUCCUAUGUGGACAGACUGAGACAGCUGAGGCGAUUUUUCUCCUGAAACACGUGACCUGGUCUGAGAUCUGAUCUCUGCUGGAAACAGGUGAAGAACCUGCGCAGGUACAAACUCUGAGACUCUGAAAAACCUUCAUGGUGCUGGUUUCCUGCACACACACACACACACACACACACACACACACACACACACACACACACACAGAGCAGCUAAAGUAUUACAUGUGUGUUUCUUUCAUAUCUAUUGUGUAUCCAUGUUACAUGAUCACAUUACUCUGGUACUGAGGAUUCUAUCAUGUGAAGUUAAACUUUAAAAAAUCUUGUAAACAGUUUUUUUUUGCCUUCAGUGAAAACUGUGAAACCUCAAAUCUCCACUGCAAACACACACUCUCACACACACACGCUCACACACACACACACACACACACACACAUACACAUUGAAAGUGAAUCUAUGGUACCUGCUUUGUCCCGUCACUGUCCAGUGGAAACAUCGUAGCUCCAACAUGUCUCAAACUUGUGUGUAACGUUCACCAUGAUUCACAAAAACAUGUUUUUAAAUGUUUUUGAAAAAAAGUUAUUUGAAAGUUUGUUUUUAAACAAGAAAUGUUUAAAAAUGUUUUAAAUGAACGUGUGAUUUUGAAAUAACAGUGACGGGACAAACGGCUCUGUCUUCUGCACUAUCACACACACACACACACAAACACACUCAGUGCCUUCUGAUACGAGAUGACCUUUGACCUCUGAACAGAGGAACAUAUACUUGUCUCAGUUAUAAAAUAAUUGACAUUUGAAAGUAAAUUUAUAUAAAAUUUGAAUAUUGUUAUAAUAAAGAGUUUAUCUCAUUUGUUUCUUUCCUGUUUGAAACACUGACACUCGUCAGCCUGUAGGGGGGCACACAGGACUAUAAAGACAUGAAGAAUCAACAACACAUUGCACAGGUCCAGGUCCAGGUUUGGGUAUAGAUCUAGGGCCAGGCCCAAGUCCAGGUCCAGGUCCACGUCUAGGUAACAAACCAUAAAAUGAACUAAGAUCAACAAUCAAUAAAGUGAUUGAGCUGUUAA